UUCACUUCCUCCAAUACCGUCCUCACUCUCUAUCAACCCGCCCACUUGGAUCAACUCUCUCCCCACCGCAUCAGCCCAUAUCAGGAAAAUCCUCACCUUGUCUCUUCCCGUGCAAAAAAUCCAAUAUCUUCACCGAUCCUCCUAGAAAAUCGACACCCUGUAUAGACGUUAAAACCUCCAUCGAGUUCAUCUCUCCCAACGCACUCGUCCGACCAACAUCAAAUCCCACCUCCACAAUGGACCCAAGAAUACAAUUCCCAGGCAACAACAUCACCUCCACCACGACGCAAUCCCUCCUCGCCACCUCACCACAGCCUCAAAACCCGCUCAGCCUUGCUCCCACCAAGCAACCAAUUCCAUCUUCCUCAACCAGCAUACACGGGCGAUUAACGUCUCACCAACCCCACACGCAGCAACCCACCACCGAAUACUCUCAUCAGCAGUACCAAUUGUCCGAAAGCAGCACCGGCCCGCAACAGCAGUUCCAACAACAAUCGCAAUCGCACCAGCAGGCAGAGGCCUAUCCGCAUCAAGCCUCAGGGUCUGGGGGUCCGACCGCUACGGCACCGUUCCUGCGGGAUUUCAGCCUCGUCGCAGAGGCAGCGAAACGGGCGCAGAUGUCGGUCGUCAUGAGGGAUUUAGAGGCAGUCACAUUAUAAGCUGCGAGAUUACACUAGAUGGGGUGGGUGGUGGUUCUGGCUUGGUUUGUGUGACGUGGGCACACGGUCUUGGCUUUCUUUUAUUCUUA